GGAGAGACGCAAGAUGGCGGACAAGAUGUCUGGCGGCUCGCAGAGAGCGGGAUCGAAGCAACCUCUUUUGGACUCUAAAUUGAAAGCCUUUAGUAUUGGAAAGAUGAGCAGCGGCAAGAGAACACUAAGCAAAAAGGAGCAGGAGGAACUCAAGAAAAAGGAGGAUGAGAAAGCUGCAGCCGAAAUAUAUGAAGAAUUCCUUGCAGCCUUUGAAGGGGGAGAUGCCAGCAAAGUUAAAACAUUUGUGAGAGGAGGGAUUGUCAAUGCCACGAAAGAGGAACAUGAAGCCGAUGAAAAGAAAGGCAAGCUAUACAAGCCUUCUUCUACACGAUUUGUAGAGCCAAAAAGUCAGCCGUCUAUAAGUGAGAGACCUCCACCUGCUCCUUCUUCACCCAUGUUAUCUUUGGAGCCCAAAAAACCUCCUCUAAAGAAAGGAGAGAAAGAAAAGAAAAAAAGCAAUCUGGAACUUUUUAAGGAAGAGUUGAAACAAAUCCAGGAGGAGAGAGAUGAACGGCACAAAACAAAAGGCAGGCUGAGCAGAUUUGAGCCUCCUCAAGCAGACUCUGAUGGUCCGCGUCGCACAACGGAUAACCAAUCAAGACGGAACAGAUCUUCUGGUGCACUUGAUGAUUAUGCUCCUGGGUCACAUGAUGUUGGAGAUCCGAGCACCACUAAUUUGUACCUUGGAAACAUCAACCCUCAGAUGAAUGAAGAAAUGCUGUGCCAGGAAUUUGGGCGAUUUGGACCGUUAGCUAGUGUCAAAAUCAUGUGGCCACGAACAGAUGAAGAGCGGGCGCGCGAGAGAAAUUGUGGUUUUGUUGCUUUUAUGAACAGGCGGGACGCAGAAAGAGCAUUAAAAAACUUGAAUGGAAAAAUGGUUAUGUCCUUUGAAAUGAAGCUCGGCUGGGGAAAAGCUGUACCUAUACCUCCUCACCCAAUAUAUAUUCCCCCAUCAAUGAUGGAACACACUUUGCCACCCCCUCCUUCUGGACUUCCUUUUAAUGCUCAACCUAGAGAAAGGCUGAAGAAUCCCAAUGCUCCUAUGUUGCCGCCACCCAAGAAUAAGGAGGAUUUUGAGAAGACUCUGUCGCAAGCCAUAGUCAAAGUGGUUAUCCCAACAGAAAGGAAUUUGCUCGCUCUGAUCCAUCGAAUGAUCGAAUUUGUGGUGCGUGAAGGACCAAUGUUUGAAGCUAUGAUUAUGAACCGAGAAUUAAACAAUCCAAUGUUCAGGUUUUUGUUUGAGAACCAGACUCCUGCGCAUGUAUACUACAGAUGGAAACUUUACUCAAUAUUACAGGGAGAUUCCCCAACAAAAUGGCGAACUGAAGAUUUCAGAAUGUUCAAGAAUGGCUCAUUCUGGAGGCCGCCGCCGCUAAAUCCAUACUUACAUGGAAUGAUUGAAGAGCAGGAAGCGGAGCCUUUUGUAGAAGAGCCAAUCAAAAAAGGCACUCUCAAAGAAGAACAAAGGGAUAAAUUAGAAGAGGUCUUGCGAGGGUUAACACCAAGGAAGAAUGACAUUGGGGAAGCUAUGGUGUUCUGUUUGAACCAUGCCGAAGCUGCAGAAGAGAUUGUGGACUGCAUAACAGAGUCAUUGUCUAUUUUGAAAACUCCUCUGCCUAAAAAGAUUGCCAGGCUAUAUUUGGUUUCAGAUGUCUUGUACAACUCUUCAGCUAAAGUUGCAAAUGCAUCUUACUACAGAAAAUAUUUUGAAGCAAAGUUAUGCCAAAUAUUUGCUGAUCUUAAUGCAGCCUACAGAGCUAUACAAGGACAUUUGCAGUCAGAAAAUUUUAAGCAACGUGUUAUGACAUGUUUUCGUGCUUGGGAAGACUGGGCAAUUUAUCCAGAACCUUUUCUGAUCAGGUUACAAAACAUUUUUCUUGGCCUUGUUAACAUUGAAGAAAAGGAACCUGAGGUCCCUUUGCAGGACAGUCAGAGAAGACAAGUGAUGUUUCCGGCACGAUUACUACAGGAAAUUCCGGAUGAUCUGGAUGGCGCUCCAAUUGAGGAGGAGUUGGAUGGUGCUCCUUUAGAAGAUGUGGAUGGAAUUCCUAUUGAUGGAGCCCCUCUUGAUGAACUCGAUGGUCUUCCCAUAAAGACACUUGAUGAUGAUUUGGAUGGAAUACCAUUGGACAUCUCUGAUGACAAGAAAAAUGAGCCAAUAUUUAAAGUUGCCCCAUCCAAAUGGGAAGCUGUUGAUGAAUCUGAACUGGAAUCACAAGCUGUGACCACCUCAAAAUGGGAGCUGUUUGACCAGCACGAGGAAUCUGAGGAAGAUGAGAAUCCUGACCAAGAAGAAGAGAGUGAAGAGGAAGAUGGCACACAAAGUUCCAAGUCAGAGGACCAGCAUUACUAUUCCAACCCAAUCAGAGAUGACCUGUCUGAUUCAAAGUCUAUGAAGUACUCUGAAAUGAGUGAAGAGAAACGUGCCAAACUUAGAGAAAUUGAGCUUAAAGUUAUGAAGUUCCAAGAUGAAAUUGAAUCUGGAAAAAGGCCAAAGAAACCUGGGCAAAGCAUACAAGAGCAAGUAGAACAUUAUCGGGAAAAACUGCUUCAACGGGAAAGAGAAAAGGAGCAAGAGAGAGAACGAGACAGAGAUAAAAAAGAAAAGGAUAAGUUUGAUUACCGAUCAAAAGACAAAAAGGACAAAGAUGACCUUACUCCAACCAGGAAAGAGAGAAAAAGACGUCACAGUGGGUCCCCAAGUCCAUCGCGGAGUAGCAGCAGUAGGCGAGCAAAAUCUCCGUCACCGAAAUCUGAAAGAUCUGAAAAGUCCCACAAGGACACCUCCAGAUCAAGGUCAUCUCACAAGGACUCUCCCAGAGACCUAAGCAAAAAAGCCAAACGGUCGCCAUCUGGCUCCAGAACACCCAAAAGGUCGCGUAGAUCACGGUCUAGGUCUCCCAAAAAAUCUGUGAAGAAGUCAAGAUCUCAGUCCAGGUCCCCUCACAGAUCUCACAAGAAGUCAAAGAAAAGCAAACACUGACACACUGACAUAACGUUUUUAUUUUGUUUUUUUUGUUUUUUUGUCCUUAACUGAAACAUUUUUUUCUUUCUGUGCCUGAGUAAUCUGUUAAAAAAAAAAAAAAAAAAAAAAAAAAAAAUUGUAAAUGAUAAAAGGAAAAUCAAAAAAAAGUAGCAUUCCCACAUUUUUCUGUGAAUGCAUGUGUAUACUUAUGGAUAAUUGCUUCUGUAGAAUUUGUCUGUUUUAUAUUGUAAAAACACAAUUGUCCACUGUGGCUUACAUCUCCGUGAAGCAAACAAAUUUGUGUUGGGGGUAUCACAAAUGUCUGUAUGUGACCUGAGAACCUCAAUUUUUUUUAUUUUUUUCCCAUCCGUUUUUUUUUUGUUUUUUUUUUUUUUUAA